GUGUUGGUCAUGUUCUACAGAGAUCCAGAGAUCCAGAAAAGAGCUAGAUAAUGUGGAUGGCAAAGAAGCAGCGGCUACUGAGGCAAUUACCUCGUCAACUGCCUGCUGAGGAUACCGUUACAUUUCGGCGACGGCCUGCUAUUUUGGUGGGAGCUGCAGUGAUUGUCAUAUUUGCGGUGUUGAUAAUUGCUCUAGCUGCUACAGCUGCUAAGACCUGUCCCAAGAUUGGCGAAACCUGUCCAGAGGACUGGCUGCAGCUCCGAAAGAAGUGCUACUUCUCUUCUAGUGAACAUGAAAGCAAGAGAAAUUGGAGUGACAGCCAGGAAUACUGCAGAUCCCAAGGGGGUGAUCUGGUUGUCAUCGAAAACAAACAGGAGCUGGUAUUCAUUCAACAAUUCAAGAACUUCUGGAUUGGUCUCCACAGGACAAAUGAAGGAUUCUUUUGGGUGACUGGAGCCCCACUGAACCAGAGCCUGUUCCAAGUAACCGACCCGGGGAUCUGUGUUUACAUUUCCAGCACAAAGAUUGCAACAGAUGCUUGCUCCACAUCCAAGUCUUUUGUCUGUAGCAAAAGUCUGUCUGGGUGAUGUGGAGCUAGGGAAGUGCCCAGUCCUGACCCAGUAACAACAGUUUAUAAUUUAUAAUUUCAGUUUUAUGAAAAAGAGUUUUUAAAAUUAUUUUUAGGCAAUUGUUCUCUAUAAUUGUUCAUUCUUUUCUACCAUUUCUAAUUGUUAUUGACUGAGCUUUGAAAUACAGCUUGUGGAGAGUUACAGGGGAAAAGGACUAGAAAAAAACUUCUGCUCUUGCAUUCACAAUCAUCCUAUCAACAUUGCAAAGCACUAGAGAAGCAUUAGAGAAGUAGGAUGGCCUAAUGAAUAGAGCAUGGGCCUGGGAGUCAGAAGGACCUGCAUUCUAAUUCCUACUCUGUCAUGUGUUUAU